AGCAGGAAAGAAUUAAAAAAGAUUAUUCUGACGUGAUUAAUAAAUUGGAAAGUUCUAUUAAAGAUAUAAAUUCAUCAAAAUGGAAAGAAUACAAAAAAUGCUUUUUAUCAAUUCAAAAUUCUGAUAAAAGGCCUACUGAUCAACCCUUGAUUGGCAAAAGAUUAUGCGAAAGAUUAUAUUCAAUCUUUAAUCCCCAAAAAAUUUUAUCGCAAGUUAAAAACUCUGAUCAAGAUAAACUUGAAAUAUCGGAUCAAGAAUUUGUUCAAAAUUAUCUUUUUAACAAGGAAUUUGAUGCUUAUCCUAAUUUAAAAAAUGAAGUAAUUGAUUUGUUUCGCAAAGAAUAUUUCGAGUGGAAAGAUAACUUUUUACUUUCUGUAGACGAACUUAUAAAGGAUUCUCAAACAGUUCAAACAAUGCUAAAAAAUUUUCAAACUGAUCUAAAUAAAGAGAAAAAUAAAAUCUCGGAAAAUUAUUUCAUAAAAAUUUUUGAUAAAAUUAAGGAAAAAUAUAAUCAUAAUGGCUAUAUUGACUUAAGCAAAUUAUGUUUUAGAUCUUUUUUAAUAAAAAUUUCUGUUGAUAGAUUGGAGUUUCAAUUUCAAAGAGUUAAUAAAUUAUCACUUGGACAUGUUAAACCUUUAGACAUCCAGAAUAAUCAUUCAGAAAUAACUGGUCAAGAAACAAGAUUUCAUUCUAAUUUUGAAGUUGGGGAUUGCAUUAUUAUUGAAAAUGAAAAAAAGCUUAUUGUUGAAAUUAUUUCUAACAAUCGCUUAAAAAUUGAAGGUUGUUUCUCUGAGAAUAUUCUAAAUAAGUGGCAUCCUUUUAAAAUUUGGCCUAAAACAAAACUUAAUAGAUUAAUUGAUAUUUAUGCUGAUACGUAUGAAAAAUUUCCAAUCAAUCCAUGUAUUGAUAAUGGAAAAAACAAGGAACCACAACUAUUUAUAUUUCUGGAUUGUGAGCAAGCUCUGAUACCUAUUCAAAUAGCAAUUGCUAGAGAAAACAAAUUAAUUCCACUUUAUAAUGGUCUUGAUGCACCUGAAAAUUACAUUAUAAAUACUGAAAAUGAUGAUGAAGAUCAAACAGAAAAAAUAAGCUAUAAAAUAUCAUUUGGAUGGUAUGAGGGAAUUUUUAAAUAUUAUGAUGAUCGAAAGAUUAAAGCAGUAUCCUCAAUGGCUAUCACAGAAGAAGUUAUUUAUGUGGCAUUGGAUUUUGAAGGAAUAGGAUCUUCAGAACGUCAUCCGCAAGAAGAUGUUCCUAAACCUGCUCGAAAAGAUAUUAAAAAAGAAUUUGAACAAAAAUUUCAACAAAUUGUUGCUAAGGAAGGCAUAGAUAACUUUAUUAGUAGAAUUUAUUCUGGGGAAGUUGAUAUAUACGCAUGGCCAAUGUUUAAUGAAAUGACUUGGUACACUACUUUAGAAAAAGUAAAAAUGAAACUUGAUGAAAGAGAAUCUACAUAUGACAAUGCAAAUUAUUUUGAUCGUUCAACUGGAUCCGAAAUACCUGAUGAUAUUUUCAAAGUGCAUGAAGAUAAUAACGAGUUAUUACACAAUAAUUCAAAGUUUGUAUUAUCUGAGGAUCUUAAAAAUAAAAUAAUCAGUUCGCCACUUCCCAAAGAUUCACAACUUUUGCUAUAUAAAAAUGAAGAUUCUGACUUGGUUGAUAUAUCAAAAAUUUUAAUUAAAUUUUUUGGAGAGCACAUUAUGAAACGUGAGGAUACAGCAAAAGAUGAAACUUGGUUUAAUAAUCUUUGUAUCUUUUUAGAUUGUAUAGUCAAAAGGCAUCACAAUAGAGAUCAUAACUGUCUUACGGAUCACAAGUGUCAUUUUAUUUGCCAAUUUGAUGACAAACAUUCCGAUCAGAAUCCAGAAGGAGUAUGUAAACAUGAAG